GAGGAGGCGCCGCCGCCGCCCCUCCGCCAGGCCCCGGAGCUCCGCGCCGCGCCGAGCGGCCCUGCCUCGUCCCCCGGCGCUCUCUGCUGAACCACGGCGGCCCUGUGCAUGAAUUAUGUCUGCCACAAGCGUUGACCCUCAGAGACCGAAAGGACAGGAUAAUAAAGUACAAAAUGGUUCAUUACAUCAGAAGGACACAGUUCAUGACAACGAUUUUGAACCUUACCUUUCCGGGCAGUCAAAUCAGAACAGUAGCUAUCCAUCAAUGACUGAUCCUUAUCUGUCCAGUUAUUAUCCACCAUCUAUUGGGUUCCCCUAUUCUCUCAGUGAAGCACCAUGGUCUACAGGAGGAGAUCCUCCUAUCCCUUAUCUCACCACCUAUGGACAGCUCAGUAAUGGGGAUCAUCAUUUUAUGCACGAUGCCGUUUUUGGACAGCCUGGGGGUCUGGGAAAUAAUAUCUAUCAACACCGGUUUAACUUUUUCCCUGAAAAUCCUGCCUUCUCAGCAUGGGGAACAAGUGGAUCCCAAGGACAGCAGACACAAAGCUCAGCAUAUGGGAGCAGUUACAGCUACCCUCCCAGUUCUCUGGGGGGUACCAUUGUGGAUGGACAAACAGGAUUUCAUAAUGAUACGUUAAAUAAAGCUCCUGGAAUGAACAGUAUUGAGCAGGGAAUGGUUGGACUUAAGAUUGGUGGAGAUGUUACAACUUCUGCAGUGAAAACAGUAGGUUCUGUUGUUAACAGUGCCGGGAUGACAGGUGCCCUGUCUGGGAAUGGUGGAUCUAAUGUAAACUUGCCAGUAUCUAAACCAACCUCUUGGGCUGCUAUUGCCAGCAAGCCUGCAAAACCACAGCCUAAAAUGAAAACAAAAACUGGACCUGUAAUCGGGGGAGCGUUGCCUCCUCCCCCUAUAAAGCAUAAUAUGGACAUAGGUACUUGGGACAAUAAGGGUCCUGUGGCAAAAGUCCCUGCCCCUCAACAGAUCCCUUCUCCUCAGUCUGUCCCACAGCCACAGCAACCAAUUGUUCAGCCUGUUCCAGCUCAGCCUCCUCCAUUGACACAGCCACAGUAUCAGAGCCCUCAGCAGCCACCCCAAAACCGCUGGGUAGCUCCUCGCAACAGAAACGCAGCUUUUGGCCAAAGCGGGGGAACUGGGAACGACACCAACUCAGCUGGCAGCACCCAGCCCAACCCGGUUCCGAGCGCCGAGUCCCAUCCUGUCCUUGAAAAACUGAAAGCUGCUCACAGCUAUAACCCUAAAGAUUUCGAAUGGAACCUUAAAAAUGGACGUGUGUUCAUAAUAAAGAGCUAUUCCGAGGAUGAUAUUCAUCGUUCCAUUAAAUAUUCUAUUUGGUGUAGUACGGAACACGGCAACAAACGCCUGGACAGCGCUUUUCGCUCCAUGAACAGCAAGGGCCCCGUGUACCUGCUGUUCAGUGUCAAUGGCAGUGGACACUUCUGUGGAGUAGCAGAGAUGAAAUCACCUGUGGACUACGGCACCAGUGCAGGUGUCUGGUCUCAGGACAAGUGGAAGGGGAAAUUUGAUGUCAAGUGGAUCUUUGUGAAGGAUGUGCCCAACAACCAACUGAGACACAUCAGGCUGGAGAACAAUGACAACAAACCCGUUACAAACUCCCGUGACACACAGGAGGUGCCCUUAGAAAAAGCAAAACAAGUGCUUAAAAUUAUUGCUACUUACAAGCACACGACCUCCAUCUUUGAUGACUUUUCUCAUUAUGAAAAGCGCCAGGAAGAGGAGGAGGUGGUGCGGAAGGUAAACUUAUUAAAAAAUUUAUUUUAUACACAGAUAUGGGGAAAAUGAAAUGUGAAGGCUGCUAUGGUGGAAAAAUGUAAGUAGGAAUUCAAAAUGUUUUUAAUACAUCUCAACUUGAUGGUUUCUUGUGUGUUUAACAACACAAAGCUUAUGCUUAUUUCUUUGUGAAAGUUUCACAAGUCAUUGAGUUUCAAAGCAGAAAGCUAAGCAGUAAUACGGGUAAAGGACUUUGUCCAGUUUAUUGGAGUUUGAUUUAUUUUUUAUCUUAAAGUGGUUAAUAGAAAAUAGUUUCUGUUUCAGAAUUGGGUUCUGCCAGUGAUUGUCACUUAAGUUUUUUGCCUUAAAUAUGAGGUGUUUUAACACUGUUUGACUGCAACUGGGCUAUCAAAAUUGAUACCUGUAUUGGUAUUUGAAAUUUGUACAUCACCUUUAAGAAUAAGAAACCUGAUUUUUGUUCAUUCAGUUUAUCUCUCUGGAAAAGAAAGAGUUGCAUAAUAUUGCUGGAAUAGUGCUAGAAAGAGUGCAUUUAUGCUGCUGAAGUCACAUGUAUUAUUUGGAUAAAUAAAGGUUUUCAGUUCUCAGGUUUAA